AUGCGGAUUGCUAAUAAUUUAUGUUUAGUGACGGCCCUUGCUGCUAGCUCAGUAUCAGCAUUCCAAAGCCCAAUUGCUAUUAACCAUGACAUAGACUCAUUUUUAGAAAAACAUGUUCUUGGUAUCCAAGAUACCAAGAAUGUCGAUACUUCUUUGGUUGCAGCGUGGAAGGAACUACUUGUGGAAUAUGGACCUUCUCAGUUAGUCAAUGAAAUUAAUAACUACAAGGAGAGGGCUUCUUCAUUUCCUGGAACUGUUCAAGAGUUAAGAGAACCAUCAGCUGCAGAGGAAUUGGCUUCUACUUUAAAAUCUAUUCAUAAUAAUAAUAGUCCAGAAAUUGCGCAAAAUGGUUAUGAAGUUGUCUCCAUGCGCGAAAAGUUUAAGAAUCAUUCGCUUAGAGUGAGAGAGGGACACCCAGAGUUGCUCCAUUUAGACUCGGUUAAGCAACAUACCGGAUAUUUAGAUAUUGAAGACGAAGAUAAGCAUUUGUUUUAUUGGUUUUUUGAGCUGAGAAAUGAUCCUGUUAACGACCCAAUUAUUCUUUGGCUUAAUGGUGGUCCAGGUUGUUCUUCUGCUACAGGUUUAUUUUUUGAGUUAGGACCUUCCCUGAUCAAUAAAGAGAUUUAUCCUGUAUAUAAUCCACAUUCAUGGAACCUGAACGCUUCAGUUAUAUUUUUAGACCAACCCGUUGGAGUUGGCUAUUCACAUCUGAGUAAAAAGGUUUCCACUACUGCUGCUGCUGGAAAGGAUGUGUAUGCGUUUUUGGAACUAUUUUUCAAGAAGUUUCCACAAUUUAAUUCUCCUAGCAACAAAUUCCAUAUUGCAGGAGAACUGUACGGAGGACAUUAUGUUCCUAAGUUUGCAAGUGAAAUUAUCAACCAGAAGGAUAGAACAUUUGAGUUAAGUUCUAUUUUGGUUGGAAAUGGACUCACCGAUGAUUUAAUUCAACUUGAUUCCCAAAGAUCUAUGCUCUGUGGUGAAGGGGGCAUUGAACAAUUGGCAACUGAUGAAGAAUGUUCGGAAAUGUCCGAUGAAUAUGACAAAUGUGUUCCAUUUGCAAAAUUAUGUUAUGACCUUCAAAACCCCUUCGCUUGUGUUCCUGCAAGUUUGAUAUGCAGUCGAAUUGGUGAUAAUGUUAAAAGUGUACCACCUUUCAAUCCAUAUGAUAUUCGUAAACCUUGCGAAGGUGAUAAUGGUUUGUGCUAUGAAGCUUUGGACUAUUCAGCAAAAUUUUUGAAUUCUGAAUUUGUGAAAAUGGUUCUUGGGGUUGACAGUGAAGUUCAAGAAUUUGAAUCGUGUUCCAAUGACGUUGGAUAUGGAUUUGCCUUUCAAGGGGAUAUCAUGUUACCACACCAGCAAUAUGUUGCUGAAUUAUUGGAAGCAGGCAUUCCAGUCUUAUUAUACGCCGGAGACAAAGACUACAUUUGUAACUGGGUAGGUAACAAUAAGUGGUCCGCAGCUUUACCAUAUUCAGGGCAUGAAGUUUUUGAACUGGCUCCAUUCAAACCUUUCAUUACAAGCGGCAAUGCAACAAGUGGUGAGGUAAAAAACUACGACAUAUUCACGUUCUUAAGAAUUUACGAUGCAGGACACAUGGUACCAUACGAUAAGCCAGAAGUUUCAUUAGAAAUGUUAAAUAGGUGGUUAGCUGGAGAUUACGCUUUUGCUGGAAAGAAAUAG